AUGACCCAAACAAGCCAGCGAAGAAAACGCCAGGCUGAAGAGGAUGAAGAGGAAUAUCCAGCGACGCCUAUCAAGAGAAGUCGCGGAGAUGAUGGUUCAUACUUCCAGUGGCUAUGGACACCACCUCGACCGCCAUCACGGAAAACCUCCUCGUCAGGUCUAUGGAGCAACUCCGUCCCAGACGGCCUAUUCCUCACCCGUCAUGACGCGCCCCGUUCCUUUUCUUUACCCCCGGAACCCACGUCAAGACGGCCCCGUCGCCGGGGCGCCAUCUCAGUAACGUCCCCAUCACCCAACGAGGUGGAUCGACAUCUCGCGCGGCAACUCCAGCAGCAGAUCGCCGUCAUCCGGCUCAAGGUAGCUGAGAGCCAGCAUCAAGCACAAGACGAUGAUUGCUGCGAAGAUGACGGCGAUGGAGACAAUGUCCACAACGAAAGGGACGUUGAUCAUCUACGACGUGAACUAGAGGCCGUGCAGAUCGACGCUUCCCUACCGUCCAUCCUGGGCAUCGCGAUAGACUUUGACCAAAAGCUUUGCCUCAGUUCCUCCGGUUGUUCGUCAGAUAUCACCUCUGAGCAUCGAGGUAAGCGACCAGGCGUUUGA